AUGACGGCGCUUAGCCACGUCUUGAGGUCCUCCACAUACUCGUCGACCUUCGACCCGUCGAGCUCGGAAACCCGAGAGACUGACCUCUUGAGGUCGUCGAUCGCAGUGCCGAGGACUUCUUCGCAAACGUCGAAGGCGGCCUUAGUACUGUCGUCCUUAGCGGCCUCCUUAAGGAGAGACGAGUUCUUAACGGCCGAGGCAAUAUCAUCAAUUGUAGCAUUGAAAGCGGCCUCGAUUAGGGUUUUGGGGUCGGUGGACAUUGGCAAGGCUAUUCAUGCACUCAUCCUUGUAGUCGGUCGGGGAGCAAAUGGCCUGAGCCGCCUUGUUAGAAGUGCCGACACCACCGGAACCGGCAUUGCGAUUGGUGACAGAGACUGUCACGGCCACCACCAUGGCCACGAGGAGGAUGGAGGCCAAACCGGCCGCCGCGAAUUUCUUCUUACCCAUUUGUUUUCGUUCCCAAGUGAACCUCAUCUGGGCCAUCGGCAAUUCUCAAUGUUCGUGAAGUGGCCCAAAGGUGGGCCAAUACAGUGUCCCCAGAUACACCGGCUGCACCAUGCACUUGCAUGGCCAUGUCGAGCACUCUUAGUGCCAUGUUUGGAGCAGCAACCUGUUUGGGUUGAUAAAAAUGUUAGUACAUAA